CACAUCGUGCUUUCAGGUCAUUUUUGGCUCGAGCCUUUGUGUAGUAGUAAUCACACUGUUGGUAAUGCCUAGCUGUCAAUGCAGCCACAAUACUACGUGCUUAUGACUUGGACUUGCUUAACAACUUCUCAACUCUCAUUCCUUCUUCUCUCUCUUCUACUUGUUACCAAGAUGAUAUGAUUAGUCUCCGUGUUUGUUGUGUUCUUUACCUGAGUUGAUAGCGUUAGGGGACUGGAGGCUGUGCAACAAGUUCUUCAAACCGGGGCAUCUCGCUGCGGACUGCACGAACGACAAGGCAUGCAAAAACUGCUGGACGUCAUGUCACUUAGCUCGUGAUUGCUAGAACGAUCCAGUCUGUAACAUUUGCAGCAUCUCGGGACAUGUUGUCAGACAAUGCCCAAAAGGGGACAGCAGUUACUCUGACAGAGAUGGAUUGAGUAAAGGGAAGAGAAGGUGCUGGUUCUAUGAUAAGAUGGCACAGCUGUGGUGGCCGAGGACAUAUGGCUUACGAGUGCCCAUCUGCUCGGCUCGCUAACUGUGGAGGCCGCCGUUACUGAAGUUUUAAAAUCAACCAAUCGAAGUUCAUUCUUCUUCAUACUCUUUAGGUUCAUGUUUGGUGAUUCUAAGCUCUGCUCUCUUGUUUUACUUACUUUGUAUUUUUUACUGUUGGAAUGAGUCAAAGUUGGUUUUAUGAGGUUUUAGACAUUGAUUGUGUUAUAUGAAAUUUGAAAUAGAUGGAGAGUUUUAAGUUUUCAGAAUCCAUUUUUAUUACAAAACAUUGGUUAUCAAUCUUGAAUUAUUGAAAAGGAUUGGUUUAAGGAGGAUAAUCUUGUGGUAUGCAAGUAAAUGUAUUUUGUGAGCAAGCCAUUCAUAGUUCAUCUGGGUAUCUAUUAAACAAUUCGUAAAAGAUCAAAUUGAUUAUAUACAAUGAAACUCUUAGUGGGAGAUAAACGGUGGACCAGUUUCAUGACUAAGUAGAUGAAAUGAAAUUGGAUAACUUUCAAGGUAAGUAUAAAUAACCGUACCAAAUACUCCACAAAUACCAACUUGCAAAAAAAGUUUGAUUGAAUAUAAUGCGUUAGUGGCAUCAUUGCCUAAGUUUUCUUUUUGUAUUGUUGACAAAAAAGAAGAAGAAGAAGAAGAAAGAUGUUCAUUGAAGGAGAAGACAGAGUAUUGAUUGGUUGGUACCACCACUAGUAGUGUUACCUAAGGGAUCUCUCUUCUUCUUCUUUGUGUAUAUAAUCACUUAAUAAUUAGUUUUUUUUUGUUGGUUAACUAGGAAGAGUUGAUCAUAUAUAGGAAUAUUUUCUACGUCUUUAUAAGAAACCUUCUGUAUUGAGCUAACUAAUUAUGUCAAUAUACGUUUGUAAAGAAUACACAUAAUAAGUUGACAAAAACAUUAUUACGAGCCUCUUCUUUUCUUCAUCUUCAGGACAAAACAAAUAUUAUUGUAGGACCAAAACAUUAUUCUGGGUAGGACCAAACCUAACUGCCAGUGAGAAGUUUUUUUUUUUUUUUUUUCAUUUAAGGGUAAAAACAAAUGGACUAUAAAGAGAGGACCAAAUCGAAGAAGCUGUCAUAUCAAAUCAAAGAAAACAAUACAAACUUUGUGGAAAAUCAAGAAAAAUGAAGACAAGUUCGUCAUUGGUGGUUAUCUUUCUCCUCGUACUGAUCUUGCAAACUAACAAACUAGAGAGUGGGCAUGUCCAUUCCACUGAUCAAGACACAGUCAAGAACAUCAACAACAACAUUGAUAAAAGCAACAUAGCCACCAAAAUAGUUCUCAAGGACAAGAAAAUAUCAAGUCAUGGUGGAGGAAGCAAUAGCUAUAGAUGGGGAGGUGGCGGCGGUGGAGGAGGAGGAAGUGGCGGUGGAGGUGGUGGUGGUGGUGGUGGAGGAGGAGGUGGUGGCGGUGGGGGCGGAGGUGGUGGAUGGGGAUGGGGAGGAGGAGGAGGUGGUGGUAGAGGAUGGUACAAAUGGGCUUGUGGCCGCGGAGGAGGAAGAGAAGGAAGAGGAGAAUUUGUGAAAAGAGAAUAUGCAGAGUGCAAGGGAAAAGGGAAAUGUAGAGGAAAGAGAUUGGAAUGUCCUCAACAUUGUGGAGGUUUUUGUUUUUAUGAUUGUCUCUUUCUCUGCAAACCGCAUUGCCGUCGUUAGAGAGAUAUAUUGCUUGUUUUCAACGAUCCUAAUUUUUUUUAUGAUUUCUUUGUUUUUUUUUUGUUGUUGUUAUACCCUUAGUUCUUAAAGUUUCUUCUCUAAUC